CAGAGCAGCUCGUGUUGAGUCAACAGAUGAACCAGAUUUAGGUGGUGAGUACAUAUGUGGAUCAUACUGAUUAGAUAUCUACCAUCUAAAAAGUGUAGACUUUUAUCUUAAUUGUAACAAUAUGCUUAAGUCUACUUUGUUUUGUUUAUAGUGUAGGAAGUUAAAAUACAAGAAAAUAUUUAAUGCAAAGAAACUUUGUAAAGACGUAACUGGAAUUGGUUUUCUCUAAAGUUUUGUGUGAUCAUAAGCGGUUUUGAAACGAGAUUUCCCUGCGUAUUACUCAUCAGAAUGCUUCAGGCACAAUGAACUACAGUCUGCCUUAAGUUAAACGGGACAAACACUAAAUGAAUUCUCUGCAGUUUACACAUAUAGAGUAACAUAAAUUACUUUAUAAAAAGUGACAAAUUGUAUUUUUUUUAAUGCUGACAGUUAAAAAGCUGAAAUCCAGCAUCCACCUACACGUGGAGUCACUAUGAACAGACGAAAGCUUGGGUCAAAUCGAAGAAGGGAAGGUAGGCAGAAUGUGAAACAACCAGAGCCUGAGCAAGAUCCUGAACCUAGAAAUUAUGUUCAAGAAGAGACGAGGAGGUUUGAACCUCAAGAGACACGGGUGUCUGCAGCAACGCAGCUUGAAAUACAGGAAGAAUCGGGACAUGAGAAACAUUCAAGUUUGUCUGCAAAGCAUGAUCCCUCUUUCGUCUCAACCAUGACAUGUAAAUACUCUGAAGUUAAGACCUCCAGUGCCAUGCCUUGCUCAGAGGAUGCUUUUAAAACUGCAGUUGGCAAAGAUGGCAAUAUGCAAGCUUGUAAAGAGACCAAACUGGAAGUUCCAGAAGCAGAUGACAGUGCUCAAAGAGAGGGCAUAAAGGAAAAUAUGCACCAGUGCCUCCCUGAGUGGCACAGCUUAAAUAUUUCUACUUUACCUUCACUGGAACAUGAAAUAAUCAAACAAGAAGAUUCCUGCACAUUUUCUGUGGCUGAAAGAAAAAGCAAAAAUAAAUAUGAUGAAGGCUUGUCCGUGCAAGAUGAAAGCCUUCAGGGCAAUUAUCCUGUAAGAGAAUCACAUGUAAGGACAUUAGUUUCAGAUUAUUUCAUGCCAGAGACAACCACAGAUAAUGGCAUCAUUACAGUAGACAGAGAAAGCGAGAACAGUACUGAGCAAACAGUGGUUUUAUUACCAAGUAGGGAGUUGUCAACAAAUGAAUAUGCUGAGGAGCUUUUCAAACUACCUAAAGUCAGAGAUGGCGUGUUAACAGAAGAAACUUUGAAGAAAAUGGGAAAAAAGGACAAAAAGCUAACACAAAUGCAACAUCUGCAUCAAAUUGCAGCUCAAAGUACAGUUUUGCAUGCAACAGAGGACUAUGACGCUCCCAAAAAUAUAGAGUUUGAAAUCAACACUCACCGGUUUCAACUUGUAGCGAAAGUUACAGAUGAACAAAAUCCAUGGGCUGCAAAAGAAAACAAUGUGGAUGAGAUCAAUGACAGUGAUCCCAAGCAAAUAAGGAAGAGCCAACUUGUCCCCUCUGUCAGUCUGUUUGAGGGUGGAGAAUUCGUAGAGGAAGAUAAACUUGGGGCUGAACAAAGUAUUCAUCAAAAAACAGACUUCUUUGAAGGCGAGAAGAAUGAUUUUUCAGUUAACUCUCCAUUGUUGGACCUAAAUGCUCCAGAUUUCCCACUUCAGGCCAAGUCUUCAAGCACAGAUGAGCAAAACAAUAGUAACUUAAAAUUCGGUGGGGCCAGACUAAAACUGGUGUCAAGUCAGAGAAAUAAAGGAAGACAGCAUGUUAAAGACAUAAAAGAUGACGUGAUGGGUGAUGAAGCAUUUGAAACAUCAAAAGUGUCAUUUAAGAUAAAGACAGAAGACUUAAAAAACUUAAGUGAAACAGAGCUAAGUGUACUAAGUUCAGUUUCAAAUGGCAAUUCCAUAUCUUUAAAGAACUGGCCUGCACAUUAUUCUGAAGUUCAGACCUUUGAGCCAACAAAGAAUCCUACAACUGAGCCACAGAGCUUGAUACUUACAGGUGAAGAACAUCCAAGAAGCCAUGAUAAAAAACGGCCAAACACUAAAAAAGAAAAAGUUGAAGAAUUGGUCGACAUCACACAGAAAGAAGUUGUAGCUGAGUCUCUUCCCUGUGAGAACGCCAAAGAUGUCCAUUCAGCGGAACUACAGGGGGCUGAAGUUUAUGCAUCUCAAACGCAACAGCAUUUGAUAACAGUUAAAGGUUAUGCAACACAAACUUGUGAAAUUUUUUCUGGAAACCUUACUGGUUGUGUUGAAAUGACUGAACCCACAAUCAUAAGUACAGAUGAUUCUGACACAAAACUGGAUGAAAACAUUGUAGAGGCUGUAGUUCAAAAAAGCAAGAAUAUGGAUGUACAUUAUACGAAUCAAUCUAAAAUUAGUGAUGUAGAUAUGGCUAACUCUGGUCAAGUCCAUGACUUAAAAGACAGAGUGGAAGAUGUUCAGGAACCCAACACUAAGCUAAUAUUUUCUAAGAAGAAGGGAGUUCAUUUUUACUCUGAAAAAGAUUCUGUUAACGUUCAAUCUGAGAUGGUAGAUGAGAAGGUCUACAUAGGUGCUUUGACAAAAUUAAAAGAACCUCAGCAACUAGAUUAUGCAUCUGGAACAGUGAUGGAUGAUGCCCAGGACUAUGUUGAAAUUGUUGGAAAUGUGGAUAGCCAAAGUAAAAUCUCUGCCAUGAUGCAGUCAAGGUUCGCAGAGAAAAGUGAUGAUGAAACUGCAACAAAGGAAAAGGUUUUACCAAAGUCAGGAACAAUUAUUUUUGCUGCUGAAAAUGUUGAUUUGGAAGUAGUAGGACAUAGAAAUAAAGAUGAUUCUGCAAAUGUUUCUCAACAAACAAUGAUCCACAGAAUAGGAGAAGAAACUAUGAACUAUAAGAGUAGGACAUUUGUGGAAAGAGAUGUUACACAAAAUGCUGGGAAAGGUAUCUUUUCAGAGGCUGAUAGGAAGGAGGUUUCUGUUGUGUCUCCACUACCACACCUAAAUGCUCCGCCAGACCUCCAACUUCAAAAUAAAUCUCUGAGCACAGAUAAAAAAGCUGAUGCUAACUUCAGCUUAAGUGAAAACAGGAGAAAACUGGGGUCAAGCCAUAAAAAGAAGAGAAGAAAAAGUAGUAAGGAAUCCAAGGAAGAAUAUUUAGAAAGUACCAAUGAAGACAAAGAAGUGGAAACAUCACAAUUAUUAAAAAUACAGACAGCAGAGCAGGAAGACUCGAGCAAAGGCAAUGAGCACAAAAUUAUGUCAACAUCACAAGACAGCUCCAUGUCUUUAAUGUCUGAGUCGCAGAGAAUAUUUCCUGAAAAUGAAAAUUUGGAGCAUGACCAAGAAAAAAGAAAACUGGACAUUGGGACUACAAUGAUAACCAGUGAUGUUAUUUCAGAGACUACUCAGAGGAAAGUGCAGGAAUUAAAAGUCCAUCCAAAACAAAUGAAAGAAAGUCUACAGACUGGUUAUCCUGAAAGCCUGACUGGCCAUGCUGAAAUGUCUAUGCUCACAAUGAAAAGUGGUGGUGAUGAUUCUGGUGUCAAGGAAGUAGACUAUCCUACAACUAGAAAUAUUUUGGACGAUUCGGACCUGAAAGCUGAUGAUUAUGAUUUAUCUGAUACAGAAAAACAACCAAUCAGAGACACUGUUGACUCCUCUCUAAGUCAGGUCUAUGAGUUCAAAGUCAGAGUGGAAGAUGAGGUCAAACCAAACACUGAACAAAUGUUUCAUCAGGAAAAGGAAAGACUUUUCUCUGAACCUGAGGACAAAUCUGCAUCAACACUUCAGUCUGAAACAAUUUCCUCUGAAUCUCAGCCUCAGAAGGAUUCUGAGACCAAAGAUGAGCAAACAAGCAGAGCCUUGAGCAGCAGUGACAGAAGGAAACUAGGGUCAAGUCGUAGAAAUAAGAGAGGACAGCGUGUUAAAGAAUCUACAGAUGAAGUUCUGGAAAAUAGCAAGGCUGAUGAAAGCAUUGACACUACAUUGGUGUCAUUGAAAGAAAAGACAGUAAUCCAAGAAAAAUUAACUCAUGAACUUCAGAGUGAUGUUAACGUGUUUCUGCCACAUGAGUGCUCCAUGUUUACAGUACUUGUAUCUUCCUCUGAGGUUCACAGCUCUGGAACUAAAGACAAUCCUGACACCCACCUGGAGAGUUUUAUCAUCAAGACUGUAAAUCCUCCUGUACACCCAGAUCAAAAAGAUAAAAACAUUGAUGUUAAAACCUUUGAUAAGUCUGGUGAAGCCAAACCACUGAAAAAAUCUGACUCUCCUAAGACAAAAGAGGUUAUAAGUCUUCAUGGUCCCAUUAUUGUUGCUGAACAAAAGCAAAGACCCGAGACUCUGCAAACACAAGAACAAGAAAGUUUGCAAAUUGAUCAAACACAUGACCCCAAGACAAAUGAUGUCCUGGAGAAUCCACAGACUGUUUCUGGCAUCCUGGUUGACCAUUCUGAAAUCAUUAAGACUCGCCCAUCAGAAUUCACACAGAGAAGCAACAAUGAUUCUAUUACCAAACAGGAAAUGUUAACCCAAGAGGACAAGAUGCUGAUGUCCUCUACAACAGAAACGAGCUUGAAUGCAGCAGUCCAGAUUAAUGAAGAUAUUCCAGUGGUUGGUCCCAAGCAAAUAUGGAUCACCAGAACAGGAGUAGAAACUGCUAUGUGUCUGCAUGAAGAUGAAGAAGUUGUAGACAAAGACAAGAAACACAGAGCUGGACAAAGUGUUCAUCAAGAAGGAGACUUGUCUGAAGUACAGUGGAAGGAUGUUUCUGUUCUUUCUCCACUGUCAAGCCUAGAUGCACCUUCAGAUCUCCAACUUCAAGACAAACCUCAGAUUACAGAUGAGCAGACUGAUCCUAACUUCAGCUUCAGUGGACACAGGAGAAAACUUGGAUCAAGCCGUAAAAACAAGGAGAAACAGCAUGGUAAGGGACCUAAGGAGGAAGAUUCAGAAAAUUUCAAAGAUGAAGAACUGGAAACAUCACAAUUAUUAAAAAUACAGACAGCAGGGCAAGAAGACUUGAGCCAAGGUAAUGAGCACAAAGUUGUCCUGUCAACAUCACAGGACAGCUCCAUGCCUUUAAUGUUUGAGUCACAGAGAAUCAUUCCUGAAAAGCUUCAACAUGAUAAAGAUAAAAGAAAACCAGACAUUAAGACUGAAAUGAUGGAAGAACCUGUGGACCUCACACAGCAAGGAGUUGAUCAGAUUCAGACUUUUGACAAAGAGAAAACCAGUGAUGUUAUUUCAGAGUCUAUUCAGAGGGAAGUGCAGGAAGUAAAAGUUCAUCCAAAACAAAUGAAAGAAAGUCUACAGACUGGUUAUCCUGAAAGCCUGACUGGCCAUGCUGAAAUGUCUAUGCUCACAAUGAAAAGUGGUGGUGAUGAUUCUGGUGUCAAGGAAGUAGACUAUCCUACAACUAGAAAUAUUUUGGACGAUUCGGACCUGAAAGCUGAUGAUUAUGAUUUAUCUGAUACAGAAAAACAACCAAUCAGAGACACUGUUGACUCCUCUCUAAGCCAGGUCUAUGAGUUCAAAGUCAGAGUGGAAGAUGAGGUCAAACCAAACACUGAACAAAUGUUUCAUCAGGAAAAAGAAAGAGUUUUCUCUGAACCUGAGGACAAAUCUGCAUCAACACUUCAGUCUGAAACAUUUUCCUCUGAAUCUCAGCCUCAGAAGGAUUCUGAGACCAAAGAUGAGCAAACAAGCAGAGCCUUCAGCAGCAGUGACAGAAGGAAACUAGGGUCAAGUCGUAGAAAUAAGAGAGGACAUCGUGUUAAAGAAUCUACAGAUGAAGUUCUGGAAAAUAGCAAGGCUGAUGAAAGCAUUGACACUACAUUGGUGUCAUUGAAAGAAAAGACAGUAAUCCAAGAAAAAUUAACUCAUGAACUUCAGAGUGAUGUUAACGUGUUUCUGCCACAUGAGUGCUCCAUGUUUACAGUACUUGUAUCUUCCUCUGAGGUUCACAGCUCUGGAACUAAAGACAAUCCUGACACCCACCUGGAGAGUUUUAUCACCAAGACUGUAAAUCCUCCUGUACAUCCAGAUCAAAAAGAUAAAAACAUUGAUGUUAAAACCUUUGAUAAGUCUGGUGAAGCCAAACCACUGAAAAAAUCUGACUCUCCUAAGACAAAAGAGGUUAUAAGUCUUCAUGGUCCCAUUAUUGUUGCUGAACAAAAGCAAAGACCCGAGACUCUGCAAACACAAGAACAAGAAAGUUUGCAAAUUGAUCAAACACAUGACCCCAAGACAAAUGAUGUCCUGGAGAAUCCACAGACUGUUUCUGGCAUCCUGGUUGACCAUUCUGAAAUCAUUAAGACUCGCCCAUCAGAAUUCACACAGAGAAGCAACAAUGAUUCUAUUACCAAACAGGAAAUGUUAACCCAAGAGGACAAGAUGCUGAUGUCCUCUACAACAGAAACGAGCUUGAAUGCAGCAGUCCAGAUUAAUGAAGAUAUUCCAGUGGUUGGUCCCAAGCAAAUAUGGAUCACCAGAACAGGAGUAGAAACUGCUAUGUGUCUGCAUGAAGAUGAAGAAGUUGUAGACAAAGACAAGAAACACAGAGCUGGACAAAGUGUUCAAGAAGGAGACUUGUCUGAAGCACAGUGGAAGGAUGUUUCUUUUCUUUCUCCACUGUCAAGCCUAAAUGCACCUUCAGAUCUCCAACUUCAAGACAAACCUCCGAGUACAGAUGAGCAGACUGAUGCCAACUUCAGCUUCAGUGGACACAGGAGAAAACUUGGAUCAAGCCAUAAAAACAAGGAGAAACAGCAUGGUAAAGGACCUAAGGAGGAAGAUUCAGAAAAUUUCAAAGAUGAAGAACUGGAAACAUCACAAUUCUUAAAAAUACAGACAGCAGGGCAAGAAGACUUGAGCCAAGGUAAUGAGCACAAAGCUGUCCUGUCAACAUCACAGGACAGCUCCAUGCCUUUAAUGUUUGAGUCACAGAGAAUCAUUCCUGAAAAGCUUCAACAUGAUAAAGAUAAAAGAAAACCAGACAUUAAGACUGAAAUGAUGGAAGAACCUGUGGACCUCACACAGCAAGGAGUUGAUCAGAUUCAGACUUUUGACAAAGAGAAAACCAGUGAUGUUAUUUCAGAGUCUAUUCAGAGGGAAGUGCAGGAAGUAAAAGUUCAUCCAAAACAAAUGAAAGAAAGUCUACAGACUGGUUAUCCUGAAAGCCUGACUGGCCAUGCUGAAAUGUCUAUGCUCACAAUGAAAAGUGGUGAUGAUUCUGGUGUCAAGGAAGUAGACUAUCCUACAACUAGAAAUAUUUUGGACGAUUCGGACCUGAAAGCUGAUGAUUAUGAUUUAUCUGAUACAGAAAAACAACCAAUCAGAGACACUGUUGACUCCUCUCUAAGCCAGGUCUAUGAGUUCAAAGUCAGAGUGGAAGAUGAGGUCAAACCAAACACUGAACAAAUGUUUCAUCAGGAAAAAGAAAGAGUUUUCUCUGAACCUGAGGACAAAUCUGCAUCAACACUUCAGUCUGAAACAUUUUCCUCUGAAUCUCAGCCUCAGAGGGAUUCUGAGACCAAAGAUGAGCAAACAAGCAGAGCCUUCAGCAGCAGUGACAGAAGGAAACUAGGGUCAAGUCGUAGAAAUAAGAGAGGACAGCGUGUUAAAGAACCUACAGAUGAAGUUCUGGAAAAUAGCAAGGCUGAUGAAAGCAUUGACACUGCAUUGGUGUCAUUGAAAGAAAAGACAGUAAUCCAAGAAAAAUUAACUCAUGAACUUCAGAGUGAUGUUAACGUGUUUCUGCCACAUGAGUGCUCCAUGUUUACAGUACAUGUAUCUUCCUCUGAGGUUCACAGCUCUGGAACUAAAGACAAUCCUGACACCCACCUGAAGAGUUUUAUCACCAAGACUGUAAAUCCUCCUGUACACCCAGAUCAAAAAGAUAAAAACAUUGAUGUUAAAACCUUUGAUAAGUCUGGUGAAGCCAAACCACUGAAAAAAUCUGACUCUCCUGUGACGAAAGAGGUUAUAAGUCUUCAUGGUCCCAUUAUUGUUGCUGAACAAAAGCAAAGACCCGAGACUCUGCAAACACAAGAACAAGAAAGUUUGCAAAUUGAUCAAACACAUGACCCCAAGACAAAUGAUGUCCUGGAGAAUCCACAGACUGUUUCUGGCAUCCUGGUUGACCAUUCUGAAAUCAUUAAGACUCGCCCAUCAGAAUUCACACAGAGAAGCAACAAUGAUUCUAUUACCAAACAGGAAAUGUUAACCCAAGAGGACAAGGCGCUGAUGUCCUCUACAACAGAAACGAGCUUGAAUGCAGCAGUCCAGAUUAAUGAAGAUAUUCCAGUGGUUGGUCCCAAGCAAAUAUGGAUCACCAGAACAGGAGUAGAAACUGCUAUGUGUCUGCAUGAAGAUGAAGAAGUUGUAGACAAAGACAAGAAACACAGAGCUGGACAAAGUGUUCAUCAAGAAGGAGACUUGUCUGAAGCACAGUGGAAGGAUGUUUCUGUUCUUUCUCCACUGUCAAGCCUAGAUGCACCUUCAGAUCUCCAACUUCAAGACAAACCUCCGAGUACAGAUGAGCAGACUGAUGCCAACUUCAGCUUCAGUGGACACAGGAGAAAACUUGGAUCAAGCCGUAAAAACAAGGGGAAACAGCAUGGUAAGGGACCUAAGGAGGAAGAUUCAGAAAAUUUCAAAGAUGAAGAACUGGAAACAUCACAAUUAUUAAAAAUACAGACAGCAGGGCAAGAAGACUUGAGCCAAGGUAAUGAGCACAAAGUUGUCCUGUCAACAUCACAGGACAGCUCCAUGCCUUUAAUGUUUGAGUCACAGAGAAUCAUUCCUGAAAAGCUUCAACAUGAUAAAGAUAAAAGAAAACCAGACAUUAAGACUGAAAUGAUGGAAGAACCUGUGGACCUCACACAGCAAGGAGUUGAUCAGAUUCAGACUUUUGACAAAGAGAAAACCAGUGAUGUUAUUUCAGAGACUACUCAGAGGAAAGUGCAGGAAGUAAAAGUUCAUCCAAAACAAAUGAAAGAAAGUCUACAGACUGGUUAUCCUGAAAGCCUGACUGGCCAUGCUGAAAUGUCUAUACUCACAAUGAAAAGUGGUGGUGAUGAUUCUGGUGUCAAGGAAGUAGACUAUCCUACAACUAGAAAUAUUUUGGACGAUUCGGACCUGAAAGCUGAUGAUUAUGAUUUAUCUGAUACAGAAAAACAACCAAUCAGAGACACUGUUGACUCCUCUCUAAGCCAGGUCUAUGAGUUCAAAGUCAGAGUGGAAGAUGAGGUCAAACCAAACACUGAACAAAUGUUUCAUCAGGAAAAGGAAAGACUUUUCUCUGAACCUGAGGACAAAUCUGCAUCAACACUUCAGUCUGAAACAUUUUCCUCUGAAUCUCAGCCUCAGAAGGAUUCUGAGACCAAAGAUGAGCAAACAAGCAGAGCCUUCAGCAGCAGUGACAGAAGGAAACUAGGGUCAAGUCGUAGAAAUAAGAGAGGACAGCGUGUUAAAGAAUCUACAGAUGAAGUUCUGGAAAAUACCAAGGCUGAUGAAAGCAUUGACACUACAUUGGUGUCAUUGAAAGAAAAGACGGUAAUCCAAGAAAAAUUAACUCAUGAACUUCAGAGUGAUGUUAACGUGUUUCUGCCACAUGAGUGCUCCAUGUUUACAGUACUUGUAUCUUCCUCUGAGGUUCACAGCUCUGGAACUAAAGACAAUCCUGACACCCACCUGGAGAGUUUUAUCACCAAGACUGUAAAUCCUCCUGUACACCCAGAUCAAAAAGAUAAAAACAUUGAUGUUAAAACCUUUGAUAAGUCUGGUGAAGCCAAACCACUGAAAAAAUCUGACUCUCCUAAGACAAAAGAGGUUAUAAGUCUUCAUGGUCCCAUUAUUGUUGCUGAUCAAAAGCAAAGACCCGAGACUCUGCAAACACACGAACAAGAAAGUUUGCAAAUUGAUCAAACACAUGACUCCAAGACAAAUGAUGUCCUGGAGAAUCCACAGACUGUUUCUGGCAUCCUGGUUGACCAUUCUGAAAUCAUUAAGACUCGCCCAUCAGAAUUCACACAGAGAAGCAACAAUGAUUCUAUUACCAAACAGGAAAUGUUAACCCAAGAGGACAAGGCGCUGAUGUCCUCUACAACAGAAACGAGCUUGAAUGCAGCAGUCCAGAUUAAUGAAGAUAUUCCAGUGGUUGGUCCCAAGCAAAUAUGGAUCACCAGAACAGGAGUAGAAACUGCUAUGUGUCUGCAUGAAGAUGAAGAAGUUGUAGACAAAGACAAGAAACACAGAGCUGGACAAAGUGUUCAAGAAGGAGACUUGUCUGAAGCACAGUGGAAGGAUGUUUCUUUUCUUUCUCCACUGUCAAGCCUAGAUGCACCUUCAGAUCUCCAACUUCAAGACAAACCUCCGAGUACAGAUGAGCAGACUGAUGCCAACUUCAGCUUCAGUGGACACAGGAGAAAACUUGGAUCAAGCCGUAAAAACAAGGGGAAACAGCAUGGUAAAGGACCUAAGGAGGAAGAUUCAGAAAAUUUCAAAGAUGAAGAACUGGAAACAUCACAAUUCUUAAAAAUACAGACAGCAGGGCAAGAAGACUUGAGCCAAGGUAAUGAGCACAAAGCUGUCCUGUCAACAUCACAGGACAGCUCCAUGCCUUUAAUGUUUGAGUCACAGAGAAUCAUUCCUGAAAAGCUUCAACAUGAUAAAGAUAAAAGAAAACCAGACAUUAAGACUGAAAUGAUGGAAGAACCUGUGGACCUCACACAGCAAGGAGUUGAUCAGAUUCAGACUUUUGACAAAGAGAAAACCAGUGAUGUUAUUUCAGAGUCUAUUCAGAGGGAAGUGCAGGAAGUAAAAGUUCAUCCAAAACAAAUGAAAGAAAGUCUACAGACUGGUUAUCCUGAAAGCCUGACUGGCCAUGCUGAAAUGUCUAUGCUCACAAUGAAAAGUGGUGAUGAUUCUGGUGUCAAGGAAGUAGACUAUCCUACAACUAGAAAUAUUUUGGACGAUUCGGACCUGAAAGCUGAUGAUUAUGAUUUAUCUGAUACAGAAAAACAACCAAUCAGAGACACUGUUGACUCCUCUCUAAGUCAGGUCUAUGAGUUCAAAGUCAGAGUGGAAGAUGAGGUCAAACCAAACACUGAACAAAUGUUUCAUCAGGAAAAAGAAAGAGUUUUCUCUGAACCUGAGGACAAAUCUGCAUCAACACUUCAGUCUGAAACAUUUUCCUCUGAAUCUCAGCCUCAGAGGGAUUCUGAGACCAAAGAUGAGCAAACAAGCAGAGCCUUCAGCAGCAGUGACAGAAGGAAACUAGGGUCAAGUCGUAGAAAUAAGAGAGGACAGCGUGUUAAAGAACCUACAGAUGAAGUUCUGGAAAAUAGCAAGGCUGAUGAAAGCAUUGACACUGCAUUGGUGUCAUUGAAAGAAAAGACAGUAAUCCAAGAAAAAUUAACUCAUGAACUUCAGAGUGAUGUUAACGUGUUUCUGCCACAUGAGUGCUCCAUGUUUACAGUACAUGUAUCUUCCUCUGAGGUUCACAGCUCUGGAACUAAAGACAAUCCUGACACCCACCUGGAGAGUUUUAUCACCAAGACUGUAAAUCCUCCUGUACAUCCAGAUCAAAAAGAUAAAAACAUUGAUGUUAAAACCUUUGAUAAGUCUGGUGAAGCCAAACCACUGAAAAAAUCUGACUCUCCUGUGACGAAAGAGGUUAUAAGUCUUCAUGGUCCCAUUAUUGUUGCUGAACAAAAGCAAAGACCCGAGACUCUGCAAACACAAGAAAAAGAAAGUUUGCAAAUUGAUCAAACACAUGACCCCAAGACAAAUGAUGUCCUGGAGAAUCCACAGGCUGUUUCUGGCAUCCUGGUUGACCAUUCUGAAAUCAUUAAGACUCGCCCAUCAGAAUUCACACAGAGAAGCAACAAUGAUUCUAUUACCAAACAGGAAAUGUUAACCCAAGAGGACAAGGCGCUGAUGUCCUCUACAACAGAAACGAGCUUGAAUGCAGCAGUCCAGAUUAAUGAAGAUAUUCCAGUGGUUGGUCCCAAGCAAAUAUGGAUCACCAGAACAGGAGUAGAAACUGCUAUGUGUCUGCAUGAAGAUGAAGAAGUUGUAGACAAAGACAAGAAACACAGAGCUGGACAAAGUGUUCAUCAAGAAGGAGACUUGUCUGAAGCACAGUGGAAGGAUGUUUCUGUUCUUUCUCCACUGUCAAGCCUAGAUGCACCUUCAGAUCUCCAACUUCAAGACAAACCUCUGAGUACAGAUGAGCAGACUGAUGCCAACUUCAGCUUCAGUGGACACAGGAGAAAACUUGGAUCAAGCCGUAAAAACAAGGAGAAACAGCAUGGUAAGGGACCUAAGGAGGAAGAUUCAGAAAAUUUCAAAGAUGAAGAACUGGAAACAUCACAAUUAUUAAAAAUACAGACAGCAGGGCAAGAAGACUUGAGCCAAGGUAAUGAGCACAAAGUUGUCCUGUCAACAUCACAGGACAGCUCCAUGCCUUUAAUGUUUGAGUCACAGAGAAUCAUUCCUGAAAAGCUUCAACAUGAUAAAGAUAAAAGAAAACCAGACAUUAAGACUGAAAUGAUGGAAGAACCUGUGGACCUCACACAGCAAGGAGUUGAUCAGAUUCAGACUUUUGACAAAGAGAAAACCAGUGAUGUUAUUUCAGAGUCUACUCAGAGGAAAGUGCAGGAAGUAAAAGUUCAUCCAAAACAAAUGAAAGAAAGUCUACAGACUGGUUAUCCUGAAAGCCUGACUGGCCAUGCUGAAAUGUCUAUACUCACAAUGAAAAGUGGUGAUGAUUCUGGUGUCAAGGAAGUAGACUAUCCUACAACUAGAAAUAUUUUGGACGAUUCGGACCUGAAAGCUGAUGAUUAUGAUUUAUCUGAUACAGAAAAACAACCAAUCAGAGACACUGUUGACUCCUCUCUAAGCCAGGUCUAUGAGUUCAAAGUCAGAGUGGAAGAUGAGGUCAAACCAAACACUGAACAAAUGUUUCAUCAGGAAAAGGAAAGACUUUUCUCUGAACCUGAGGACAAAUCUGCAUCAACACUUCAGUCUGAAACAAUUUCCUCUGAAUCUCAGCCUCAGAAGGAUUCUGAGACCAAAGAUGAGCAAACAAGCAGAGCCUUCAGCAGCAGUGACAGAAGGAAACUAGGGUCAAGUCGUAGAAAUAAGAGAGGACAGCGUGUUAAAGAAUCUACAGAUGAAGUUCUGGAAAAUACCAAGGCUGAUGAAAGCAUUGACACUACAUUGGUGUCAUUGAAAGAAAAGACGGUAAUCCAAGAAAAAUUAACUCAUGAACUUCAGAGUGAUGUUAACGUGUUUCUGCCACAUGAGUGCUCCAUGUUUACAGUACUUGUAUCUUCCUCUGAGGUUCACAGCUCUGGAACUAAAGACAAUCCUGACACCCACCUGGAGAGUUUUAUCACCAAGACUGUAAAUCCUCCUGUACAUCCAGAUCAAAAAGAUAAAAACAUUGAUGUUAAAACCUUUGAUAAGUCUGGUGAAGCCAAACCACUGAAAAAAUCUGACUCUCCUGUGACGAAAGAGGUUAUAAGUCUUCAUGGUCCCAUUAUUGUUGCUGAACAAAAGCAAAGACCCGAGACUCUGCAAACACACGAACAAGAAAGUUUGCAAAUUGAUCAAACACAUGACCCCAAGACAAAUGAUGUCCUGGAGAAUCCACAGACUGUUUCUGGCAUCCUGGUUGACCAUUCUGAAAUCAUUAAGACUCGCCCAUCAGAAUUCACACAGAGAAGCAACAAUGAUUCUAUUACCAAACAGGAAAUGUUAACCCAAGAGGACAAGGCGCUGAUGUCCUCUACAACAGAAACGAGCUUGAAUGCAGCAGUCCAGAUUAAUGAAGAUAUUCCAGUGGUUGGUCCCAAGCAAAUAUGGAUCACCAGAACAGGAGUAGAAACUGCUAUGUGUCUGCAUGAAGAUGAAGAAGUUGUAGACAAAGACAAGAAACACAGAGCUGGACAAAGUGUUCAAGAAGGAGACUUGUCUGAAGCACAGUGGAAGGAUGUUUCUUUUCUUUCUCCACUGUCAAGCCUAGAUGCACCUUCAGAUCUCCAACUUCAAGACAAACCUCCGAGUACAGAUGAGCAGACUGAUGCCAACUUCAGCUUCAGUGGACACAGGAGAAAACUUGGAUCAAGCCGUAAAAACAAGGGGAAACAGCAUGGUAAAGGACCUAAGGAGGAAGAUUCAGAAAAUUUCAAAGAUGAAGAACUGGAAACAUCACAAUUCUUAAAAAUACAGACAGCAGGGCAAGAAGACUUGAGCCAAGGUAAUGAGCACAAAGCUGUCCUGUCAACAUCACAGGACAGCUCCAUGCCUUUAAUGUUUGAGUCACAGAGAAUCAUUCCUGAAAAGCUUCAACAUGAUAAAGAUAAAAGAAAACCAGACAUUAAGACUGAAAUGAUGGAAGAACCUGUGGACCUCACACAGCAAGGAGUUGAUCAGAUUCAGACUUUUGACAAAGAGAAAACCAGUGAUGUUAUUUCAGAGUCUAUUCAGAGGGAAGUGCAGGAAGUAAAAGUUCAUCCAAAACAAAUGAAAGAAAGUCUACAGACUGGUUAUCCUGAAAGCCUGACUGGCCAUGCUGAAAUGUCUAUGCUCACAAUGAAAAGUGGUGAUGAUUCUGGUGUCAAGGAAGUAGACUAUCCUACAACUAGAAAUAUUUUGGACGAUUCGGACCUGAAAGCUGAUGAUUAUGAUUUAUCUGAUACAGAAAAACAACCAAUCAGAGACACUGUUGACUCCUCUCUAAGUCAGGUCUAUGAGUUCAAAGUCAGAGUGGAAGAUGAGGUCAAACCAAACACUGAACAAAUGUUUCAUCAGGAAAAAGAAAGAGUUUUCUCUGAACCUGAGGACAAAUCUGCAUCAACACUUCAGUCUGAAACAUUUUCCUCUGAAUCUCAGCCUCAGAAGGAUUCUGAGACCAAAGAUGAGCAAACAAGCAGAGCCUUCAGCAGCAGUGACAGAAGGAAACUAGGGUCAAGUCGUAGAAAUAAGAGAGGACAGCGUGUUAAAGAAUCUACAGAUGAAGUUCUGGAAAAUAGCAAGGCUGAUGAAAGCAUUGACACUGCAUUGGUGUCAUUGAAAGAAAAGACGGUAAUCCAAGAAAAAUUAACUCAUGAACUUCAGAGUGAUGUUAACGUGUUUCUGCCACAUGAGUGCUCCAUGUUUACAGUACUUGUAUCUUCCUCUGAGGUUCACAGCUCUGGAACUAAAGACAAUCCUGACACCCACCUGGAGAGUUUUAUCACCAAGACUGUAAAUCCUCCUGUACAUCCAGAUCAAAAAGAUAAAAACAUUGAUGUUAAAACCUUUGAUAAGUCUGGUGAAGCCAAACCACUGAAAAAAUCUGACUCUCCUGUGACGAAAGAGGUUAUAAGUCUUCAUGGUCCCAUUAUUGUUGCUGAACAAAAGCAAAGACCCGAGACUCUGCAAACACACGAACAAGAAAGUUUGCAAAUUGAUCAAACACAUGACCCCAAGACAAAUGAUGUCCUGGAGAAUCCACAGACUGUUUCUGGCAUCCUGGUUGACCAUUCUGAAAUCAUUAAGACUCGCCCAUCAGAAUUCACACAGAGAAGCAACAAUGAUUCUAUUACCAAACAGGAAAUGUUAACCCAAGAGGACAAGGCGCUGAUGUCCUCUACAACAGAAACGAGCUUGAAUGCAGCAGUCCAGAUUAAUGAAGAUAUUCCAGUGGUUGGUCCCAAGCAAAUAUGGAUCACCAGAACAGGAGUAGAAACUGCUAUGUGUCUGCAUGAAGAUGAAGAAGUUGUAGACAAAGACAAGAAACACAGAGCUGGACAAAGUGUUCAUCAAGAAGGAGACUUGUCUGAAGCACAGUGGAAGGAUGUUUCUGUUCUUUCUCCACUGUCAAGCCUAGAUGCACCUUCAGAUCUCCAACUUCAAGACAAACCUCCGAGUACAGAUGAGCAGACUGAUCCUAACUUCAGCUUCAGUGGACACAGGAGAAAACUUGGAUCAAGCCGUAAAAACAAGGAGAAACAGCAUGGUAAGGGACCUAAGGAGGAAGAUUCAGAAAAUUUCAAAGACGAAGAACUGGAAACAUCACAAUUCUUAAAAAUACAGACAGCAGGGCAGGAAGACUUGAGCCAAGGUAAUGAGCACAGAGUUGUCCUGUCAACAUCACAGGACAGCUCCAUGCCUUUAAUGUUUGAGUCACAGAGAAUCAUUCCUGAAAAGCUUCAACAUGAUAAAGAUAAAAGAAAACCAGACAUUAAGACUGAAAUGAUGGAAGAACCUGUGGACCUCACACAGCAAGGAGUUGAUCAGAUUCAGACUUUUGACAAAGAGAAAACCAGUGAUGUUAUUUCAGAGACAACUCAGAGGGAAGUGCAGGAAGUAAAAGUUCAUCCAAAACAAAUGAAAGAAAGUCUACAGACUGGUUAUCCUGAAAGCCUGACUGGCCAUGCUGAAAUGUCUAUGCUCACAAUGAAAAGUGGUGAUGAUUCUGGUGUCAAGGAAGUAGACUAUCCUACAACUAGAAAUAUUUUGGACGAUUCGGACCUGAAAGCUGAUGAUUAUGAUUUAUCUGAUACAGAAAAACAACCAAUCAGAGACACUGUUGACUCCUCUCUAAGUCAGGUCUAUGAGUUCAAAGUCAGAGUGGAAGAUGAGGUCAAACCAAACACUGAACAAAUGUUUCAUCAGGAAAAAGAAAGAGUUUUCUCUGAAACUGAGGACAAAUCUGCAUCAACACUUCAGUCUGAAACAUUUUCCUCUGAAUCUCAGCCUCAGAAGGAUUCUGAGACCAAAGAUGAGCAAACAAGCAGAGCCUUCAGCAGCAGUGACAGAAGGAAACUAGGGUCAAGUCGUAGAAAUAAGAGAGGACAGCGUGUUAAAGAAUCUACAGAUGAAGUUCUGGAAAAUAGCAAGGCUGAUGAAAUCCCAGAAAAUUCAAAGGUUCUGAGCUCAGAUCCACCUGAUUAUCUUGAAACUAUCCCUCAGAGCCUUCCUGACUGUGAACAAGAUUCAGAGGACCAUAGUGACAGAGAGAGCAGUGUUUUUGCCAAUUUAGUUAAAAAGUCAACAAACUUCAGUCAACAAGAGGUUGAUAAAUAUCUUACUGCUUCCACUAGAGAUCUUCUAGGUGAUGAUCAAAGAAUAAAAGUUCAUUCAACUCAACAAAGUCUGCAUACCUGCUACUCGCCUGUAAGUGGAGAUACAGAAAAUUUAGACAUUUUUUCUGGGAAUUUGUCUGAACAGGCUGAAAUGUUUGGGUUUACAAAGAAAAGCGAGUCUGCAUCUACAGACGAAUUGUAUCCCACUAAAGUAAGAAUGUCAGUGGCAUCAGACCUGAAACCUGGUACAGAAAACCCUCAUGCUGGUGACUCCGCUUUGAGUCAAGUGCAUCAACCAGGGAGCGUACGUGACCCAACCACCAGCGGCCACAAACGCAAACUUGCUUCAAGCCGUAGACUUAAAGGAGGACAUACAGUCAAAGAUCCUGAUGCUGAAACACACGAUAAACCCGUACAAGAUUUAGUAGAGGAGGCAAGUAGUUUUAGGCUCAUUGAAAGUUCAGAUAUAACUCCUAGAAGAGCACAUUCAACCUCAAACGUGGAUCAGAAGGUACCCAACGGGUCAAUGAUUCAGGAUGGGGACCUUUCCAGCAGGAAGAGAGAUGAACGUACAGAGCUGCCAACAAAGGAUAAAAACUCGCACGAGAAUGUUUUGGCAUCUAAACCACAUUCAUUUCCUUUCACAACAGACGUCAAUUCAGAAAUAAAUACCAGCAGAGAUCGUACCAUAUCUGAAAAUAUAGCUGGAAGUAAAUCACCAAAGAAUGAUGCCUAUGAAUCGUCUCAGCAUGCUAUAGAUGCUGUUAGGAAAGCACAGGUACAGGAAGUUGAUCCUGGACAAGUGUGUGCUGAAAAAGAGAAGGGUGAAGCUGUAGGAAAGAAUGAAAAAACAGCCCAAAAAUCAUUUUAUUUAACAGAAAACAAAGAAAUGUUUGAUUUUGUGUCAAGUGGGAGAGACUUUUCUGUCACAUCAGAGGGAACCACAGAAAAAAGCAUUCCCAGAAACCACAAUGAAAUCGAAUGCAGCGUUGAGCAAAAAGCAUAUUCAUCACCGCAAGAUCGUUUACCAACAGCUGGGGAACAAGAUAAGAGUAUCAACAUUUCUGAAGCUGCAAGAAAACACCAGUUAGAGGACUUUGUGAGCAAAGAGCACGCAGAACAGAUUAACCCAGAUCAAAUGCAGGAAACAUGUCACAUUGAUUCCACUUCACUUGUUCAGAACACGUCUUUUGUUCAAACACUGCAGUCAGAUGCAAAUGUUGCUGUGGACUUUAAUUGUGCAGACCAUGAUCAAAGUAACAAAAAUGAAACUCACUCUGAUCUAAAAGCAGCAGAGGGCAGAAGGAAGCUGGGGUCAAGUCGGAGGAUUAAAGGAAGACAACAAGCCAAGUUUAGUGAAACAAACCAAGAAAAUAAAGAGGAAGAUAACGAAAUUACAGAUGAGGCAACACAAAUGUCUGCAACAAAAACAUCAAGGGAAGAUUUCAAACCUGUUGAGAAAGUCACAACCAUCGUGGCUGAAGCUGAACAAACAGAAAAGCUGCCAACAACUCUGGGUGGCAGCUCAGUUUCAACACCAGAAAUCAACUCAAGCUCAGAUAAAGAUGAUUUUACUAAAUCCAAUAAAAACACAGACGAGAAACACAUCGAACUUCUGCAUGGGACUGAUAGUUUUUGUCUGAUUACACAUUGUGGCUUAGAAAAAGAGGGCUUGAUGCAAUCACAAAGCUUUGUUUCAGAAGGUGACUCAGAUCUGCAGAGCAGUUUAAAACAUGAUGAAAUUAUCAGCAUCCUGUCAGGCAGUGAGAGUGUGUUUGAUCAAGACCAGACCAUUCAGAGGCAAAACAGAGAAGCAAGGACACUGGGACAAGGGGUAGAGCUGCAGCAGAUGCUUGAAGACACACAAACCGCCAGAGGUUUCUCAUCAGAAGACCACGACAGAAAUAGCUCAGUGGAUGCCCAAGAACCUAGAUUAGAUGAGCUGAGAGAGAACCUUCUCAGAGCUGAACGAGGAUUAAGCACGUCACUUGAGUUUAUUUCUCCUUCGGAGGAAUCUGCUAUGGAUUUAGCUUAUAAAAAAGCAAUAUCUCUUAAAGUGGAUGCCAGUGAAGGUUUGCAAGAAACAUCCAUGUUUAAGAAGAGGAAGAUUGGCUCAUCUCGCAGGACUAAAAUCAACAGGAAACAAGAGGGAGAGACUCCUAGCAUGGAUGAACCUAAAGAUGAUGACAUCAGCACACAAGAUGAUGUGUGGAAUCUGGAGAAGGUUGAGGUUAUGGUGGAGUUACCCUUGAUCAAAGAAGUAAAAGAAAGUCUAAAUGUCCAUAACUUACAUGGUGCACGAGAGAAUGAUGAAGCCAAAACUACGCGAUAUGAUAAACAUCAGCAAGCUGUUCCAGAACAAAGGUCAAAGAGCACGAGUGAAGGAGUACAGAGCCAAGCUCUGGAGGUAAAGAGUUCAAGUCCAGAUUUUAGUUCGACCAGCAGAAGGAAAAUGGGCUCCACCUGCAAGAAUCUGGGAUCACAAACUCAAAGAGAAAUUCUGCAUCAAGGGGAGGAGCCAAAAAUAGAAGCAGCAGAGUCUGAAACACCUGCUGGAGGAGCAGCAAGUGAGAGGAUCCUGCAAAUUAAAGGCGUGCGACUCCACUCAGAAACCAAAGACUCUGAUCAACGAACAGAGAAAGCAUUCCAACCUGUGGAAAUCACUCACGUUGAGGAGUCUUUAUUGAAACCUCCAGCUGAAGAAAUGCCUGAUGAAAGUCCAGUUUCUCUGAGUCAAGUGGAUGAAACAAAACAAACGCUUCACAUCUCUCCGUCCUCCUCGCCCCAAAACGACUCUGUGCUGAAAUCAGUCAGGAGGAAAAAGUUUGGGUCUAAUAGGAGGUCUCACUUACAGCCGAGAAAUAAAAACCAAGAUGAAAAGGAGGAUGGAGUGAUACAAAUACACAAUGAGGAUCACACCAGAGAGAUAGUAGAAGAAGCAGCUGACCGAAACAGAGAUGAAUCACCAGAUCUGGAUAAAAUAUCAGAGGUGCUUGAAAAAUCCUCAUCUAACCUCCCAGAGACUAAAGAGCUCUCAGAGCCUGUGAAUGAGAAGACUCCAGGAAGAUCGUAUCAUGAUGAAAUUUGCUUCAGUCAAGACAGUAGAAGGCAGAAUUAUUUAGGUAAUCUGGGAGGAGCAAAUGCAUCAGACAGUUACAACGUGGUGAUGAUCGGAGACAGCUGUGUGGGGAAAACCUCGUUUAUGAAAAGAGCUCAAAGUGGGAAGUUUUCUUUAGACAUACCUGCCUCUGUUGGUGUCGACUCCUGCAUGUGGACGGUGGUCGUCGAUGGAAAACCUGUGAUGCUACAGUUAUGGGACACAGCAGGUCAAGAGAGGUUUCACAGCAUCACAAGACAGGUUUUCCACAGAGCCCAGGCCUUUCUCUUGAUGUAUGACAUCACUUGUUCUCAGAGUUUUUCUGCUGUCAGCUACUGGGUUAACUGCAUUCAGGAAGCUGCUGCCGAAGAUGUGAGCGUUUUACUUCUAGGGAACAAGAGCGAUGAUGAACAGAGACAAGUUAAAACUGAAGAGGGGGACAAUCUUGCUAAGGAGUACAACUUUGCCUUCAUGGAGUGUAGCGCCGCUACAGGGCAGAACGUGAUUGAAUCCUUGGAAACGAUGGCCAGGAUGCUGAGUCAAAGUGCCGACUUGAGAGAGAAAACCACACAGUUACACAAACAGCCGGCGCAGAAAAAACAGUCAAGCUGUUGCUGAACAUCCUGCAAACACAGGACUGGAUUCCAGCAAGUUUUAUAUAAAAUAACUACAUUUUUAUUUUAUUUUCAUUAUAGAUUCAAACAAUAAGUCAGAUACUUGUUUCGGAGUACUUCAUUGAUUUGAUAUUUGGGCUUUGAACAGGUUUUAUUUGGUACUUUUAAUCUUAUUUACCAACAAUAGGUGCAAAGGGGAGGUUUUAUUGCAUUUUUAGCUUGGUGGGAAUUUUGCAGCGUCCCUUGAUCCUGUUUAAGAAGUUUUCUCUUGUAUAUUUUUGUAUGGAGGUGUAAGGUUAAAUUUUCUGAUGAUUAGGUUUCAGAACUUUUUUUUUUAAGUUUCACACUUAAAAUUAUUUUUCAUAACUUUUGCUCCACAAUAUUAUCACUAAAUGUGUGAAAAGCUCCUUUAAACUCCACUGCAUUGUACCUUGUUGCAGCUCAUUAUUCUGUUAGUCAAUAAAAUCCUUCUAAUCUAUAAUAUA